AUGUCUUCGCCAGACAAAGGUAAAAUUACAAACUAUUUUACAAAAGUGAAAUCACCAAGCGACAUCAGCAGCAACGAAAAUAAUAAUAAUAAAAAUAAUAAUAGCAAUAAUAAUAAUAAUAACAACAAUAGUAAUAAAAGAAAACAAAUUGAAAGAACAGAUACAAUUGUAAAUAAUACUCAAUUGGAUUAUAUAUCGAAAGAGAUUGAAUCAAAUAAGAAUAAUAAACCAAAAAUAGUUCAAAAUGAUGAAAUUGAACAAACUCAAUUGAUUGAUGAUAAUUUACCAAAUCAAAAUGAAGUAAAGAGAUCAAAAAGUAGUAAUACGACAACGACGACAACAACAACUUCAACAUCAAAUAUAAAUAAUAAUUCAAAUUCAAAUUCAAAUAUAGAUAAUAAAAUGGAAGAUAUUGAUGAUUUUUUAUUAGAAGAACAACAGAGUAAUACUAUAUUUUUAAUACCAUUAGAGGGUGAGAAAUAUGUUGAUGUUUGGAAUUCAGAUUAUGUAAAGUUACCAUGUUCAAAGAAUAAUGUUUAUAAAGCUACUGUUAAAACCACAAGUAGACAAUCGAGUGGUUUAACACAAACUACACUCGAUGGUGGUUAUGCGAUUGAAGAUGAAAUAAAAACAGUUACAGAGGUUAGAUAUUUAAGUAAAUGGUAUUUAAUUAAUACGAUUUUAUCAAAUCCAAUCAAAAACUCUGAAGCAUUUGAAGAGGCAGUUAAAUCAUACAAUCAAAGAAGUAAUUGGGAUUUCCAAGGAUUACAUGAUUUCUUUGAAACUGAAUUUACAGAGAGUGAAACCAAUGAAUUUUUUAGCCAAACAUUACCAAAGAUUAUAAAACUUGCAUUACAAUUACCAUUUUUAUGUGCACGUCCAAUACCAUUAUUAAAGAGUUCAGUGGAUCGUGAAAUCAUUUUAUCACAAAAACAAGUUUCAUCCUUAUUGGCUAAUGCUUUCCUUUGUACUUUUCCACGUCAAGGUAAUAUAACUUCAAAUAAUAAUAACAAUAAUAAUAAUCAUUAUCGUAGAGGUGGAAAUCAAGAUAAAUUCCCAUCAAUUAAUUUCCAUUCAUUAUUUUCUGGUAAAAUGAUUCCAAGUAGAGCAGCGAAAUUAAAAUGUAUAUUUCAUUAUUUUAAAUGUGUAACCGAAAAAACACCAACUGGUACAAUAUCAUUUCAUAGACAAGUUUUCGAUGAGAGUGAAAUACCCGAUUGGGAGAGAUCAACUGCAACAUUAAGAGAUUUAACUUGUUUUACAGAGGGCACAAUCGAGGAUAAUGGCAUUGGUAUGUUACAAGCUGAUUUCGCAAAUAAAUCAUUGGGUGGUGGUGUUUUAGGUUAUGGUUGUGUUCAAGAGGAGAUUAGAUUCGUCAUUAAUCCAGAGUUGUUAGUAUCUUGUUUAUUCACAUCAAUCCUACAAGAGAAUGAAACUGUUAUCAUCACUGGAAGUCAACGUUUUAGUAAAUACACAGGUUAUGGUGAUAGUUUCCAAUGGAAUGGUCCAUACAUUGACAAAACACCAUAUGAUCAAAUGGGUAGACGUUUAACAAGUAUCGUAGCUAUGGAUGCCAUAAAGUUACCACAUGGUGGUAAUAGUUUUCAACAAUUUUCACCUUCUGCUGUGGAAAGGGAAUUAAAUAAAUCAUUAUGUGGUUUCUUUGAUAGAGUCUCCCUAACCAUUCCACCACCUGUUGCAACUGGUAAUUGGGGUUGUGGUGUUUUUGGUGGUGAUAAACAUUUGAAAUCAAUCAUUCAAUUAAUGUCUGGUUCUCAAGCUGGUCGUGAUUUAGUUUACUUUUCAUUUGGUGAUCAAGAAUUUACUGAUGAAUUAACUCAAAUGAUUAGUUUUCUUCAUUUAAAAAAAGUUACUGUUGGUGGCCUCUAUAAAGCACUUUGGGAAUAUUAUAAAUUAAUUUCACAUACAAAAUCAAACUUUAAAUUAUUUUCUUAUUUAGAUGCUCAUUUUUCAUAA